AGUAUGGAUUCUUCAAUUGAAUUAAAUACAGUUGUAGUGACGAUUUUAGCCUUGUCUUUUUGGAUAAGACCCUAAGUACCGUACCGAAAAGUGUGUUGAGGUAGAGAUUCUUCUAAGCCUACAGUUGCACAGAUUGAAGAGAUUAUUGCUGCUUUGUGUAUUAAGUGGAUGUAGUCAGCAUUCUGAAAAUUUAUAAAGGAGAAUGGCAGUUACAUUUGCAGCAAAUAUGUGUUCCAUCACAAGUUCUAAAACGAAGGAAGGGAUCAAAAGGUUUGACAUUGAAGAUAAACUGCAAUCCAGGUCUAAUAUUGCACUGCUUCCUCCAGACGCCUCAACUCGCAGGCACCUUUCAGUCAGUGUUGGCACUUCAUUGAUUACCAUAACAUGCAGUUAUGGUUUAUCACCAUUAAUGGUAUGGGCUGAAGAGAAGUCAGCUGACAAAGAGGAAAAUGAUAAUGGGGUUGUUGGCGCCGUCAAAUCUUUAUUUGAUCCCAAUGAGAAGACAAAGUCUGGAAAGGUGUUGCCAAAGGCUUACUUAAAGUCAGCAAGGGAGGUAGUGAAAACACUGCGUGAAUCGGUAAAUGAAGCCCCUGAUGAUAAUGCCAAAUUUAGACGGACUGCAGAUGCAGCAAAGGAGUCGAUUCGGGAGUAUCUUGGUAGUUGGAGGGGAAAUCAGACGGUUGCACAAGAGGAAUCAUAUGUUGUUUUGGUAAAAGCAAUCAAAUCUUUGGCGAACUUUUACUCUAAGGCAGGGCCAUCAGCCCCACUGCCGGAGGAAGUUAAGUCUGAAAUAUUAGAUUACCUGAAUACUGCUGAAGAAUUCUUGUAGAAAAUCUUCCAGAAUAUAUUAUAUAAACCGCUAUUUCAAACUCCUGAGCCAGAUAGCAUUGGAGUAGUAAAUUCUUUUGUAGCAAAGAAACUGAUCAAACUUCUGUUUUGUCCAUUCUUUUGUCAUGUGAAAUAUAUUUACCUAGUUUUGAUUGAUGA